UUCAACUGACGCUCCCCUCCUGAGCCCUGUUGCGGAGGGGGCCGGUCGAGGAGUCUCCAGCUCCAGCCGGGGAUGAUGGGAGGUGUAGUCGAACAGCAGGAGUGCUUCAGACUGGCCACCCGCUGAAGCAUGUUGAGGAAGGCUGCCGCGAGGGUCAUCGCCUUCAGCUGAAUCGGCGCGCCAGAAUGGCUGCUGUCGAAGCCGCCGGCCUCGAGGAGAAAGCCGAAGCCCGGCCGGCCUCGGUCCUCUGCAGCCGACUCGGAGGCAGCCACCAGCCGCUGCAGGAGAACGGGGCAGCAGACCGCCUCUCUGGACAGAGCGAUGCUUCCUUUGCCGUGGCGGAGCCGGGUCAGCCGCCGGCCCCCGCCAGCAAGCUCAAGAAGACGGCCUUCAAGCUCUUUGGCGGGAAGCGGAGCAUCUGCACCCUGCCGAGCUUCUUCGGCGGGAAGAGCAGAGGCCAAGGCAAGGGGGCCUCCAGAAAGGGGCUGAGUAAGAGCAAGACGCAUGAUGGCAUCAGCGAAGUUGGGUGCGAGGGGGCAAACGCCGGGCGCCUCCGGAGCCCCUCGGGUGGCGGGUCGGAGUUCCCCGCUCCCCAGCUGCCGAGCUCGCAAAGCGCCCUCCUGGCGACGGAGGCCAGCCCUCGGGCCGGUUUUGCCUGGCAGUCCGCCUCUCUGUCCGGAAGUUCCGAGGGCUUUGAGAAGAAGCCCACGGGGGAGAAAUCCUUGUCCCUCCCCAAGCCCAAGAAAGGGCUGAAGGGCCUCUUCAGCAGCAUCCGGCGCCACCGGAAGAACAAAGCUGCCAGACCCGAGAGGACCCAGCUGCAAGAAUGGGCCUCUGCCGACGCCGUGGUUGAAGAGCGAGCCGAAGCGAGCCGGCAGGUGGCCGCCGAUACUCAACAGUCCCCCAAGAAGGGGAGUCUGCAAGGCGUGGCGCCCCCUCCUGAAUGCGGGGAGAACUUCCACACGGAGGCUUCCUCUGGGACAGCAGCUGGCCUUGUGGAAUCGGGAGAGAUGGACCAGCUGCUGGCUCGUGAAAGUGGUUCCCGGGAUGCCGUGGUUGGGGCGGCCAGCAGUGAAGGCUCUCGAGGAGCGGAUCUGCACGUGGAUGACGCCCUUGGUGCCGGUUCGCCUUAUGGCAGCUUCCCUGAAGCUCUCCCGCCAGAGUACCCAGAAAACGACCCUCCUUCUGUACCCUCUGGGGACCAGCUCAGCUUGAUGUUUGGCGACGUCACUUCCCUUCAAAGCUUUGACUCCCUCACUGGUUGCGGAGACGACAUUGCCGAGCCAGAUAUCGACAGCAUCACCGAGCGUUCCACCUCGGCGGAGCGCGGCCGGGAGGCAACCAAGCGAAGCUCCUGCCUGGUGACCUACCAGGGUGGUGGGGAGGAGAUGGCCAUGCCCGACGAGAUAGAGGAGUAUCUCCAGCAAGUGUGGGAAGGCGCCAUCAAGGUGGAGGCAACCUACGAGCCGCGCCUCCACAAAGAGCUCGUGAAGAGCUGCGAGCUUCAGGGAGUGGACGGCGGCCAGCUGGAGGCCCGUGUCUAUGCCGAAGGUACCAGGAACGACACGGAUCUCUUGACUCCGCACAGCGACCAGCAGGAAUCGGCUCCCAACAGCGACGAGGGCUAUUACGACUCGACCACUCCAGGUCCUGAGGAUGAAGCCGGGGACGGGCUUGAAGAAGUCAAGAAGGACCGCCUCCCAAGGGACAGCUACAGCGGAGAUGCACUUUAUGAGUUCUACGAGCCUGACGAUACCCUGAUGAGCCCUUCUCACGGGGGCAAGCCCUGGUUUGACAGGAAAGUGUCGCCUCCGGAGAUCUUCGGUCAGUUCUUGGACUUUGCCCUCCCUGACGAGAAGGACUUGGUGCGGAUGAUCAGGCAGAAGAGUGAUGGGAUGGAGACGGAGGAGGAGCGGCUGGCGGCCAUCCAGAAGCAGCUGCUGUACUGGGAGAUGCAGAGGGAGCCUGUCUUGAAACAUCUGGAUCUGCUUAGCCAAGAGCAGCAUCCUAGCGAAAAGCAACCCCUUGAAUGUAAAACAAGAGCGGCCAAUCUGAUUGUCCAAAGCCCAGGUUGCCUUGGUUGUGAACCAAAUGCCCCUUGUGCUUUGAAGAGCGGCCUAAAUGCCGGGGUCCCAUCAGAGGAUCGGAGCUGGAAGGACUUUCCGGAGAUGCUGUGCCCAGACAAGCAUCACCGCGCCACUUGCGGUCCCAAAGCACACAGCAGUUGCCUUACUCAGCUCAUGGAAAACGGCUCUCUGUUGGAUUCCGAUCUGGAGCGGGCGGUCCUUGAGUCCUGUACGCUCAGUGGCUUGGCCCUGGAAAAAUCCGUGAUGUACCCUUUCUACAGAACUCCCGGCUACCGCAGUUGCCCUCCAAGCGAACGGUCCGGCAGAACCGAACCUGGCUUCGGGGAGCUCUGCCCGGAAAGCGAGCGUGAAGCAGAGCAGGCGGUCAACUUCUCUCAAGCGCUGGUGGAGUUCACCAGCUGCGGGACCCUCUUCUCCAGCCUCUCGGAGAGCUUGGGGAGCUCAGACUCAGAGUCCGCGUUCACCCAGAACCUUCCUGCCCUCCCAACCAUGGUCACGUUUGACAUUGUGGAUGUCGAACAGGAAGGGGAAGGCGAAUGCGAGCAGCACGUCGAGAUGAACACGGACGAGGAUAUCGCGGCAUCCUUCGAGGCCUUUGACGAUCGCUACCUUCGGAAAGAAUCCUUUGCGGAAUGUGAUGAGAGAAUGUUCCCCGGGUAUGCUCCCGGCUCUUUCCAGAGCAGUAACUGGGGGGUUGCCAGCCUCCCCCGCUGCCUUCGGCUUCAGGAGGUGAGCCCGUCUGCCCCAGCGCCGCUGCCCCUCUGCCGGAGAAGCCGCUCCCUCGACACCGAGAGUCUGGAGUUUGAGCUGGCCGGCGGGCAGCUCUCCAAGAGUGGCUUGAAGCCCUGUGAGCUGUGGUCGAAAUGGAGCGGCUGCAAGAAGGACCCCGUUGGCCAGGAAAACGCGCCUUCUCCGGAAGAAAAGGAAGGCCGUGGGGUCCUUUCCUGGCCAGGGCUGCAGAAUGCGUCGUUCGGAGAGGAGUUUUCCGUGCCGGACGCCAAGCCUUGGGACUGCCAUCCAAGCUCACCAGCCUUCCGGGGCAUGUGGGGUGCUUUGGAACAGCCAGACGGAGAGCCGUCUCUCAUGCCCCUUUCCAAGGAGACGUCUGGGAGACAUCCGAAUGACGGAGCCGCCAACCCAGUGCUUCAAGCUGCCGGACCGGUGGCCAGACCAUCCAAUCUGCCUCUGCAGAAUCCCAUCGUGUCCCCGGAGGUGUCUGCCUCUCGCAGGCACGGUGGGGACCAUGUAGCUACAAAGCUUGUUUGGGUCCACCCUCUGGGAGACACAAACGCUGCUGGAUCUCUCAGCUUGGGCUUCCCUUGUUCCCCUGAAAAGCUAGCAACGUGCCAGCCCGUGGGCAUCAUGCCGGGACUGCCCCAACUUCACAGCCACCACGCUGACGCCUUCGAAGAGGAGGCCGAGCGCUGCGGAAACUCUGAAGCCGCAUGCUGGAAAAUGUCGUCUUCUGCCAGCUGUCCGAGCGCCACAAUGAAUGUAACAAUAGCCAAAUAGCUUAGCGGGGAAGAGUUAAAGGGGGGUUCUCAUGGGUUUGGGCUCCCAGGGCCUGGAAAGGGACUUCUGAAACACAGCAGAAAAUUGGCUUUGAUUCAGCAUUGGGGGUAACAGUUUAGCAGAGGGAGUCGUAGCAUUGCCUGCUGGAAAUUCUGCUCUUCCCCCAGCACUGCUGAUGGUGCUCCUUCCCAGGUUAAAGGCAAUUUACCCUUCUGUGAUGUGGAAACUGGACAUUACCCAAAGGAAAGGGUAUCUGUUCCUGUGCUCUGGGGUAAGACACAGAGAGCUCUUGAAAUUUCCAGAUUGGUUUUCUAGGUAAAAGAGGCCACAACAUUUCUUAAAGCUAUGUGGGGGUCAAGACUGUUGGUUGGUUGGUUUUUUAAAAAAAUGCGAUUGUAAUUUUAAAGAUCAGAAUGUCUUGCCUGUGAUUAAAAACGGGUCCUGGUUCUUUGUUUAAGUUGCUCAGAAAGAACCUUUGCCUUGGUGGCAUUUGAAGUCCUCCAUGAAUAGGUCGCACAUCAAGGGGGGUGGGAGUCGAGGGGCAAAGCUGAAGCAAGUUAUUUGAAUCCAAGUUAUUUGGAUUGGAUGGGGCAAGUGUGACUGGGGGAGUUGAGAACCCCUUAAAAUGUGUUAUGCAUCCACAAAUGGUGCUAGAAAGAAUCACAACAAAGAGCUUGCAGAUCCACCCUUUUUUUUUGGUUUUAAUCCAAAAGUUAUCUGCUUCCUACGGUGUCGCUUUUAAAAGCUUGAAUUCCAUUAUUUGCGUGUCACGACUCAACUUGGUUCAGCGGAGUGUCUGAUGGAACAAAUCUUCCCGUGUGCCCCCCCAACGCUUGAGAUGCCGUGAGCACAGCCACCAAACUCGUUAUCCUGGAAAGCUUGCCUUCUGGCUGAGGUGUUGGCGAAUCAGGCCUCUGAGCUCUGGCUUAACUUGUUUGUGUACUGGGCUGCCAGGUUCCUUGUCGGUUUGCUUUAAAUAAAAUUUUAAAAAGCUCUAAGUGGGUCUGUGCUUGCAGUUCGCAAGACUGGCUUUAAACCGGGAGUAGGCAACCAGCGGUUGACUGGCAAUUCCCAUCAUCCUCAGCCACAAUUUAUUGUGACUGAAGAUGAUGGGAGUUGUAGUUCAACAGAGGCUGGAGAGCCGAGGUUCGCUAUGCCUGCUUUACUCUGUAGUUUGGAGUGUGAACUGGACAUCUGUUAUGUUCCUGCCCAUUUGGAUUUGGCCCGAACCAUUUUGGUGCCUAACGUGGGGGAGUCAGAAUGAGCCACCCACACACUAAUUAACAUGGGACACAACCCACCAGCUCAGGACGGCAACGUGACUAUUGGCCACUGUGGCAGGGGAUGACGAGGGCCAGAGUUGUGCAGCCUACACCAGGAGGUGGUUGUGAUCCAGCAUGUGUAGCACAGGCCAAACCCCUCCUCGAAGGUGGGCUAGAGCAGGGAUUCUCAACGUUGGGUCCCCAGAUGUUAUUGGACCUCAACUCCCAUAAUCCCCAGCCCCAGUGGCCUUUGGUUGGGGAUUAUGGGAGUUGAAGUCCAAUAACAUCUGGGGUCCCAACGUUGAGAAUCUCUGGGCUAGAGGCUCUUCUGUAUAACAUUCCCUGGCCUGUUCUUCUUGGCUAUGGCUAGCGACUGUUUUGCCAUCCCAAGAAAUGUAGGAUGUUGCCUGUUGCUCUUUCUGUGCCUUCCUCUCCGGGCCACUAACUUGGUUUUUAGAGGGGAGACAGAAUCCUUUGUAUGGGAUGGUAUUUAAAUAUUGGCUUAAAGAUAAGCAUAUAUGUAAGACUGGCCAUACAUGUUUGGUGGAAUGUCUAAUGGGCGGGAGACUAACCAAAAGCCCAGAUUCUCAACUCCAACAAUUUUGGGAUGUUUCCAUUGUUGGCCUUGAGUUCAGGCCUUGUGACUCAGCAGUCCAAAUGCCAAAUUUGGUGACUGCCAAAGGGAUCUGAUAAAGCUUUUUGCUCCCAGUCAGGACCAUCUAAAUUUGGAGGGGUGGGGGAGAGACACACUUGGCAGUUCACCUUAUAUGGGCGGUUGGGCGGUGCGCUGUGAUCAAUCUGGUGAGUCAUGAGUUAUGCUGGCUUCCUGCAUUUGAUCUCUGUCUUGAGUUGCUGCUGCUCUUAAACCAGAAUUGUCAAUGAUUGCACUAGAUACAUCAUGGACAGGUUGUCAGAAUCGUGGCCUCUCUUAGCCAUGGAUUUGUACUCAUGAAUUUGUGUGUUUGUGUAGGUGAGAGGUUUGUUUUGAUUCCUCCUUUGGAACACGCCACCAAAGACAUCUUGUGAAGCUUUGUUGUGAAAUGGUGUCGCUUUCACUGACAUUGUUUUGGUAAUGUAUGUAUAUAAAAAAUCAAGAGGAGAACUCCAGUGCUCAUAAGAACAUUUGUCUACAAAAGUGUGUUUGGGGCAUUUUGGUUGUACAUAUUUAAUUGAAAGAUUUUUUUUAAAAGAACCACUUAAUAUACUAAAGUGUACAAACUAUUCCGCUCUGCCUUGGUAAUCUGACCUGCUUCCAAAGAAUUUCUUGAUUGUGUACAGCUUCUUUUUUAUAAUAAUAAUAAUAAUAAUAAUAAUGGCAAUAAAAUUCAGCCAUCCCAGGUCCUUGGGAAGGACUCGAUGUCUGGAUAAAACAAACCAGUCAAUAACAUCUGUCUGACUGUGUAAAUAAAUAAAUAAAUAAAUAAUCUUUUAAUCUGAUUUGGUCUGUGGAUAAGAACAAAUGAUUGGCAUUUGGAAAUACUGGCAGCACUCUGAGGUGUACAGGUACAGUCAUUCACGCAGGUACAGAAAUAUACUUCCUAUCUGUACUAUGCAUUUGAAGGGCCUGUAAGGAACUCGGGUACAGUCAUAUCCACACACCCAUGUACGAGUGUGCAGAUAUCUGUAUACUCAUACAGCAUAAUGUUAGGGUUAGGGUUUGUAUCUUGUCGGGCUUGUAUCUUGAGAUGAAAUGGCAUCUUAAUGGAGCCUCAAAUUCCAUUAAAUGCAGGAGAACCUCCAUUCUUGUGGGGGUUCCAUUCUCCGCUACUACUUCAGAUACGGAAACCUGAGUAAUUAGGGCAGUGUAAAUCCAGGAGGUUCCUGGAGGUCAGGAAAGUGUCUAGAAAAUUGGUUAAAUGGCCCUAAAACACAGGGGGAAGUGAUCUAUUGUGCUCUGCGGCUCCCCACAGCAGUCCAGAAAGGCCUCCCUAGAGGAGAAAAUCGGCCAGAAUUUGUGGUUUGGGGGCUUUUUUUUAAAAAAAAAAAAGAGGCCUAAAAUGGCUCUCAAUCUCUCCUGAAGACAAAAUGGCGGCUGGAAAUUACUUCCAAGGUCAUUUCUGGCCACCCCUGACCUGUGGAUAUGUGGGUUUAACCUCCCCCCCAAUGUAUACUGAGGUGAGGUGUCCAUUUCCCGACUGGGGAUACACAAAACCGCAGGUACUGGACCUGCAAUUAACGAGGUUCUCCUGUAGUUCAGUUGGCAGUUGCCUUUGGUAGUUGAUCUUUUAAGAGAUGGCUGCAUGGUUUUUGCAACUACCUUAAAUAAACAUUUGCUUAUAAAUAUUUCAUGCCAUGAUUCCAUGAGUACCCAGAAUGUUGGGGGCAAUAUGCUAAAUCAUUGUAAACCGCUUAGAGAGCUCUGGCUAUUAAAGCGGUAUAUAAAUGUAAGUGCUAUUGCUAUUGCUAUUGCUCUGUUACAAUGACCAUUGCAGCACAGUCGGCAUUCACAAUUCUUCUCCUUUUCUCACAACACUAGAAGCAGGGGUCACCCCAUGAAACUGAAGGAUGGGAAAUUUAAGACUGACAAGAGGAAGUACUUUUCACACAGCACAUAAUUAAUCUAUGAAAUUCUUUGCCAUGGGAUGUGGUGAUGGUGGCCACCAGCUUGGAUGGCUUUAAAAGGGGCUUAGAUAGAUUCAUGGUGGACAGGUCUAUCAAUGGCUACUAGUCUGGUGGCUAUAGGCCACCUCCACCCUCAUAGGCAUGAUGCCUCUAAAUACCAGUGGCAGGGGAGCAAUGGCAGGAGAGAGGGCAUGCAUAUACCUCUUGCUUGUGGGCUUCUUGGAGGCAUCUGGUGGGCCACUAUGUGAAACAGGAAGCUGGACUAGAUGGGCCUUGGGCCUGAUCCAGCUGGGCUGUUCUUACGUUCUUAUGUACAGUGGAGUCAUGCUUGUGCAGCCUCCUCCAGGAAAUCCACGCAACCCAAGUUUGCACACUUGAUCCUACAGGUUGAUGAGAGAGCAGACUUCUGCCUUGCCCUUGGUUCUCUAGAGCAGGGGUUCUCAACAUGUGGGUCCCCAGAUGUAACUGGACUUCAACUCCCAUAAUCCCCAACCAAAGGCCACUGGGGCUGGGGACUAUGGGAGUUGAAAUCCAGUAACAUCUGGGGACCCAACGUUGAGAAUCCCUGCUCUAGAUGGUGCCAGUUGUUUUUGGACUGUGUUCUGUGCAGCCACCACCAUUUGAUUCUUCGUCCACAGACGCACUUCCAAAUUCCGGUGAGCAUAAUGGCACCCAAAUGGUCUCCAGUUUGUGCUCACCCAGGAUUGCUCACUUGGGUCAGAUUACCAGGCAGAGUGUCUACAUUGCACCUGAGAUGUUUCUUUUUUAUACGCAUAUAAAAAGUCCAGCAUUUAUUUUUCUAUUGUUUGGAGGCGUCUUCAUUUUCUAUACAUUCAUGUGUGUGUGGGCGGGGGGGAUCUUAUGGGCUGUUUUCCUUUAAACAUGCGUAUUUUAAAAGAAAGGUGCAGUUUACAGUUCCGAAGAGAAAAUACCGACUGCUGCUUACACGUGUGCAAUGGAGGUCGGUGGGUUGAAUGUGCUGUUAACUGUGUCCUGGAGGUCAUUGUUCAACUCGGUCCUGGUGGUUGUCUUGGAAGGAUUCAGCCUGUGUGCCCUUGUCACUCACUCACUCACUCUCUCCUUUUACCUGGGCACGGAUAUACCUUGAUGGUUUUGAUGAGCUUUUGUAACCCUUGUCACGUGCUGUCCUGGUGUUUGGGGUCUUGCCAUUUGGGGUUUCUGGUUUGCAAACUUUUUAUUUCCCUUGCAGGUCUUCUUGCUCACUGCUUUAAACUAGAAAACUGUUUGAUGCCUCUUUCUCCUUUGGGCCAGUCAACUUGCUUCCCGGGUAGGAUGCUUCUCCUCUGAAGUUUGAAAUCAGGGGCAAACAGUGGUUCUGCCUGAGUCUUCUUGCAUCAACUCCUCUUCCGUUCUUCUGGCUUGCAGUGCAGUCCUUUGUAAGUUGAUUCAGGAAAAGUCCUGUUGUGUUUGAUGUGGGGCUCACUCCCUGGAAAGAGUGCCUAGGAGUGUAGCCUCAGUGAAUAUCUCAUCCCUGAGAUAGGUGUGGCUCCGUGGCAGAGGAUCUGCUUUGCACACAGAAGCUCCUGGGUUCCAGCCCAGGCCGCUGGCAAAGAUUGCUGUCUGAAACCUCGGAGGAGCUGCUUCCAGUCAGUAUAGACUAGCGGAUCCCAACCAGGGGGCCUCCAGAUGUUGCUGAACUACAACUCCCAUCAUCCCCAGCCACAGUAAAUUGUAGCUGGGGCUGAUGGGAAUUGUAGUUCAGCAGCAUCUGGAGGCCUCCCGGGUUGAGAGCGGUUGGUGUAGACAGUACGGCGCUCGAUGGCCCAGUGGUCUGGCCGUAUUUCCCAGGCAGCUUUCUGUGUAUGUCCCAGCCUUGGGAUGGAUGUGUCUUGUUUGGAUGUUGGUUGGUUUUUAGAGUAAGACAGAAGGCAGGCGGCCGUCUUCCUUCCCUGGAGGUCUAGUGUGCUGGUGCUGCUCCAGUCAGGAACAGUCAAAUGCGUCCUGCUGGUUCCACACUUUGGGCCAUGAUGCGAAGGGAAGAGGUAGCUUACUCAGCCCCAGCUUGGCCAUGUAAUAGCUCUUGGUGGCCCUUGCCAGUCUCUUGGGUGUUGAGUGCGCCAUCAUGGGUUAGUGGAGGAGUUUGCAACGAAGCGUCCAGAUGAGAGCCACACCUGAAGGCUGCCAGGGCCCAUGUUGCUGGCCUUUCCCCAGGGAAGUGGGGAGCUCUGAUAAAGAGGCUGGGCAGGAACUGGAAAGAAGGGGACUGCUCUCUGAUUCCCUGCGGACCUGAAGUGCCCGACUCAAGUCAGAGCUGUCUGCGCUCCUGUUUUUGGGAUGGCCUGUGGGAAGGGAGGAAGUGGCUGUCGUCUGCUAAGCAGCAGUUGGUUAAAGAGCUGGGGACGGCCGCUGGGGUGGGAGGGAGUCCUCCGGUGCAGCUCUGCUUAUCAGACUGAGGUGCCUCCUACCUUGCUCUUUACUCACAGACACUCAGAAAACAAGAGUGGGCAGGACCACCUUUCCCUAAUUAGAAUCAUGUGAACCGGCCUAUUGUAUUACAACUGCGGUGAGGGUCUAUUGGCCAGUGCCUGUAGGAUAGAGAGGGAAGUGGUCUCAUUUGCCCUGAUCCAGAGAAGCGAUCCCUGCAUGGCUCUCCGCCUCUGGAUCAAGAACUGGAGGCACACAGCAGGGGUGUGAGUAUGUGUGCAUGUGCACACGGAGGUUGUCCAUCUUCAUGCUUUCUGUGCUGAUCCACAUCCUGGUGCAACUGUCCACAUAUAACUAGACACAACUGGAGCUGCAUUAGGGCAGUUACAUAGAAGUCAACCUUUUACCAAAGAUCCAGCAUAGGCCCAAGUGACUGUCGCCAAACGCCAAAACCGGUAACUUACUUUUGCUUCCAGCUUUUGUUCGGAAUCAUUCCUGCAGAGGUCAAUAUGAUUUCUCACAAGUACGUGGCUUCAGAGUUGUGAUGUACUUUAAUCACUGCCAGAUGCAGGAUUCCCUUGCUCUUCACGGUGUGUGUAAUUUUCUACUUAAAUCUGGGCCAGUUUUUGCUCCUCUGUCCCUAUUGCUCCUUCAACUAAUUGCUUCUUCUUUUUGCUUGAAUUUCCUUAAUUUUGGUUUAGUUUUCAUUUGAUAUUAAAAGUUUUUAAUGUGUGUUUCUGUGUUUCACAAUUGAAUGUCUUUGCUAAAGUCUAAUGAAUAAAGUUCAGGGGUUUUUUUUAGAGAUCA